UUGGCAGUAUUUUAAUUUGAUGAGUUUUAUGAAAGAUGAAGUCAUCCCAUCACCAACUAUGGGUAAUUUAGAGAGCAACAAUCCAUCAAAUAGCCAAACCAAUAUCCAAGAUUCUCAGGACAGUCAAGCUACUGAAGAUGGUAAUGAGUUGCUCGAUUUGGAUUCGGAUACGCAUUCUUCCGUGACAUCUCCGCCGUCGGAAAUAUCACAACCAUCUUCCUCAAUACCAUCAUUUUCUGUUUUGUCUAAGAGAAAACCUCAUUUGAAAGACGAUUUGCUCGAGAUUGAAAGGAAAAAACUCCAACUUAUGGAGAAACGAUUAUCUGACAGCCAAAAUGAAGACAGCUUGAAUAAGGACGAAGAUUUUUUGUUUUUAACAAGCAUUUUACUUUCAAUGAAAAAAUUAACCCAUAUACAGAAGCUCCAGUUUCGCGGUAAAAUAAAUGAUUGGCUAAUAGAGACGCUUAGCCAAAACGCGAGUCAGUUAAUAAUAAUUAUUACCCAAAUCAGACCUUCUUCCAUCAGCCAAGAACAAGUAAUUUCUACCCACAAGGAGAUACCAUAUAGAUCAAAGUAUGUAAACGUUAGGAAUAAAUCAUUAUUUUUGCAACAAAAGUUUCAUUUAUACUUACCGAAGAGUCACUAUUAAUUUUUCUGCUGGUGUUAUUGAAUCUGCUAUAUGAAAAUUAGUACUAAGAUAAGCAUCAAGCUAGUUUCAAUUUUUUCCAAUAUAUAGUCAAAGGUUAC